GUUAGAAUAAAGAAAAUUAACUCGGCAAAUAUAAAUCAGGUCGUGACUUGAAUUGUGUUGUGUCGUCGCCAACAACUUUGAACUCCGCCCUUCAUUUCUCCGAUCGUCCGCCUUGUCCAGCGACAGCAUCUUGUCCGUCCCGGGGCUACGACCGACGCCGAAGUUCUCGCCGCUCCGCCUUUCCAACAAGAAGAACCUAGUGAAGGACUGUCAAUUGUCGACGUGGCCUGAUAAAACCGUUAGUUCACUGCUUGAAAGUCACUUACGCUUCUAGGAUUGACUCGUGGUGUCGUUGAAUUGCAGCUAAGACUUUCUUUUGUGACAUUGUUCUUGGUAUUUUUCUUGAUUUUGCUUUAUUAUAAAGGAUUUUUCUAGAAAAUGUCUGAAAACGAAAUCAGUGGUUCCGAAGAGUAUUUCGAUCGGAUGACAAGUGACUCUGAAAUUGAGUCUGAUGUACAUAGUCUUAGAGAAAACGACUAUGAACCUGAGGUUGAUAAAGCUUUACUAACUCUCUCCCACCCGGCUGCCGCUUCUGACAAUGAUUUCGAAAUGGAGAAUUUAGAUCGGAUGACAGGUGACUCUGAAUUUGAGUCCGAUCUAAGUAGUUUUGGAGUUGGAUACUAUGAAUCUGAAGAUUAUAUGGAUUUUGCAAGUCUAUACUCCCUCUCUAGUUCUGACGAUGAAGACUAUGAGCCUGAACAUGAUGUGGCCAUUCUUUCCACCUUGGCUGCACAUUCUGACAGUGAUGACGAAAUGGAAGAUCAGGUCUACCGGGAAGUUUUUUCACCAGAAGAACCUCAACCUUUUCCUUUUCCUUUUUGUGAGGUGCCUGGCCUAAAACAUAUGCCACCUCCCGAUUCUCCUCCUAUCGCAUAUUUCUAUCUUUUUUUCACUAGUACUUUGCUGUCUCUUAUGGUGGAAGAAACCAAUCGAUAUGCGCAGCAAGUGUUAAAUGCCAUGGGUAAUAACGUACCGUCCUAUUUGAAGAACUGGACCAAAGUCUCUGUUCCAGAGAUGAAAGGGUUUUUGGCGUGUAUUUUAAAUGUGGGUCGCAAAAAAUCAUUAGAUCAAGCUAUAUACUGGUACACUUCUCCCAUCCAAUCCGAUUCGUGGUUUCGGAAAAUGUUUUCUAAACAGCGGUUUUGUCAAUUGGUAAGUUUCUUCCAUGUCGUCGAUGAGAGUAAGUUGCCUGGCCGUGGAGAAUCGGGUUUUGAUCCGUGUGCCAAAUUCCAGCCUCUUUUGAAUCAUUUGAACAGAGUCUCCCAAUACCAUUACAUACCUCAUCAGGAAAUAUCUGUUGACAAAAUCUAUAUGGGUUUUAAAUUCUGUAUGAUGAUCGACUCAGUAUCUAGUUACUGCUUGGGAAUUUUCGCUUUUGAACGGGCCGAGUCUCAGCAAGAGGAUCACAGCAUAUCAGAAUUAGGUUUAGGCCAUACUGUUGUGCAAAAACUGCUAGAUGUUGAUAUUUACCUGAACAAAGGGUACCAUUUUUUCAUCGACAGAUGUUUCAUGUCGGUUCCCCUUGUUCACCGUCUGUAUUCUCUACAGACUUAUGUAACCGGAACUGUUUGGGGAGACCACAAAAUGCUACCCAAACAGUUCAAAAAGAACUUUGCAACCGGAGAAACAUCGUAUUUUCGAUCUGGUCCCGUGUUAGCCUGCGGCUUUAAAGAGAAGCAGUCACAAAAAAAGCCUAUUUUUAUAUUAUCCAGCCACGAAUGGGCAAGAGAUGUAGAAGUAAUUAGAAAUAGAAAGGCCAAAUUGAAACCACAAAUAAUUCAAAAUCAUAACAAAUUUAUGAGCGGGGUCGAUAUAUCCGAUAUGGUGUUAUAUGCAUGUUAUGAUAAAAGUAAAUCAAUGAAGUAUUGGAAGAAUUUAGCUUUGAACGUCAUAGCCAGGAUGACGUUGAAUAGCUACAUGCUUUACAAAGAGAAUUUUGCGGGACCAGGGAAAGUGAAAUUUCGAGACGCGUAUCACGUGGCCGUAAUCGAGAGCUUGGCGGAGGAGUGGAUGGCCACAAAGUUGACUACAAACAACUGUCAAGAAUCAGAGGCUGGAGAAACUUUCAGGAAGAAAGAAAGCCCGUAGCUGUUUGUGCACCAUUAGCUUAAGGAGGCGGUCACGAACUGUUUGCACAAAUUGUAAGGAUGGGCUUGUAAAUUGUAAGGAAAAAAUUUCCUUACAAUACAAAUUGUAAGGAAAAUGUUUUUCGAAGCGUAAAUGCUAACAACAAAAUGUAUGUAGGCCUAUACUGUUUUAAUAUAAUUCUGUAUUAAAGAGCUAUAAAUGCAUAAAUUUUAGAACAAAUUGCACAAAACGAUAUUCAUUUACGUACAGAUGUGGUCCUUGACGAUUUGAUUUUGUAUUUUUUAUGUAUUUUGAUAUAUAAUUUUACAGUGAUAUUGAUUGACGUACGUUUGACGUCAUCACAGUGGGCUACUAGAGAAAAAGGUAAAGAUGUGUUAUAAUAUUGUAACGAAUAAGACUGUAUGCAUGCAUCUUAUAUGAAAAUGUACAGAACAAUGUUUUCACUGUUUCUAGCA